AUGUCGCCCAUGCGCCCACAGGAGCCUUCGCAGCCGACCUCUCUUUCCGCCAACACCAUUCGAGCCACGACGUAUUCAUAUGGCCCGCCGAGUCCUCCAUUCAUUCAUAUACCUGCACCACAGAGGUCCAAGACUCCCCAGGCCGCCAUGCAGCUCCUGCCAUCGUUCGAGAACUUCGAUCCAAGCCAGUUGACGGGCCACGACUUGCACAUCAUCACCGGAAGUACGACCCGAAAGGCAACCCUAAAGACUUCGGACUAUGAGGAAGAAUGGAAGUACGAGAAUCGUCGAGAGGCACAGGCCAUUUUGAACUUUCUCUAUCUCGGGCCGACGAGUGUUAUACGCGAUCAUGCCUUCUUACAACGCGAAGGCAUUACCAUGAUGCUCGUAGUACUCCCUUUGGCCAUGCAAGUUCCUGAGCUAUUGGGUGUGAAAAAUGCCUCGAAUGCGCUGGGCAUUCCUGUGCACUACAUUCCUGUUGAUGGCCUGUUUGGUCCGGAUGGCCUCAUUCACGGUUUCAGCAACACUAUCAAACUUAUCAACAAUCAUUUACUGUCUGUUUAUCAGUCCCAAGCCAGUAGCAAUAACGGCAAUGGACAGAUCUGUGUGCGCCCUGACACCUUUCGCCAUGGAAAAGUUCUGGUGACCUGCGAUUCUGGUAAUGACGGGUCGGCAGCUAUUGUAGCUGCUUACAUCAUGUCUUUUCUUGGCAUGGAUAUGGUCAAUACUGUGCAGCUGAUGACACCCAAGCGCUUCUCCUGCAGCUUUGGCGAGGAUACCAAGCGCAUGUUGAAGUCGUGGGAGGACAUCCUAUUGGCAACGUCCAUGGUUGCUCAGGAUAAACACCAUCGGGUUGCAGAGGGGAUGCAACGGGCAGAAAAUCCCAACAACACCUCAAUCACCAAGAGAGGAUUGGAUGACAUGAUGGAGAUGAAUUUAGAUGACUGCCAAUGCGAUGAUGCGGUCUCUAUAUCAGAUAGGGACAGGUUUAUGGAGCGCGGUCCCUUUGUGCCUUUUGUUGAGGCUGAACUACGCACUGGACAAAUGUAG